AUGCCGACACUAUGGCUGUCCGAUUCGCAGAAGGUCGGCGUGGCCUUCUGUAGCGGUGGUGUUUUCUUCCUGCUCUUCGGCCUCAUCCUCUUCUUCGAUCGAGCCCUCCUUUCUAUGGGCAACAUCCUCUUCCUCGUCGGCAUCACCUUACUCCUCGGCCCUCAGCGUACCGCCGCUUUCUUCCUACGGAAACAAAAAUGGCGCGGCACAACGGCAUUCUGGCUCGGCGUAGUCCUGAUUCUGAGCCGAUGGACCUUUAUUGGUUUCGCGGUACAAUGCUACGGCAUGUUCAUCCUGUUUGGGGAGUUCUUCAAGACGAUUGCUGGCUUCGCAUAUAAUAUUCCGGUUGUUGGACCAUACUUGGCGAGGGGAUUGCAGGUUGCGGGUGAGAAAGCAGGUGCCAACGACAGAGCGCACAAGGAUCUGCCUGUGUGA